CAUGGUCUCCAAAUGCAAGAUUAAUCAGGAAACAUUUGCAAGGAAAACCACCUUGACCCACAGAAGGGGAAGAAAGCUAUUCCGGAAAAAAUGAAUCCGCAUCUGAAGCUCCCUCUGCCGGUCAUAUAGUGGUAUCCGAACAGCUUACUGACGAGGAAACAGGUGACCAGAGUGAACCCGAUUUGGAUGUUGGUUCUGUUUCCCCAAUUGUUGCAGUGAAAACCAUUGAUGAAGAAAGCGCAGGAACCACGAAUGAUAAACGUUUAGUGACAUUCCAACGAAGGGGACAUCGUGAGAUAAUGUUAAAAGAAGGUCGUGAUGACGUGUCGGAAGAUUUGAACUAUUCUUCUAAGGUAAUGGAUGAGGAUGGCCCACUGGACUUUAGUUUGAAGAAAGAAGACUCUGUAGAACCCUUAGUGAACGGUCCACCUUUUAGUCCAGUCGAAAGUGAACACAGUCCGAACACUCAGGAUUCACCACUGGACUUGUCUGUCCAACUAGAACCAAGAUGAGGCAUUCGGAAAACCGUUUGACCAAAUCCAACAGUCCAUGGAAUGAUACUACAUCAGAGUUAACUGACCAGAAUGUCGAUCCACAUUUCCGAGCUUCUAUUUGGAAUGGUGAACUAAGUCCUGUCGAAUAUAGAUCUGUUGUUUCAAGCUCACCGUUCAAUACAGCGUCUUUAAGUUCUCCAGUUACUGGUAUGAAAUAUUCGGUGAUCAAGAAUCAGUCUCCCACUACGAACUUAGUGACUGUUGUGACCGACAGUUCCCUAGAAAGCCAGCCCCUGACUAAGUCUGAUGGUUAUCGACAAGGGGUCCGACAGAAUCCCUGGCAGAACCAGUGGAUAAGUAGGAGCGGAGAACAGAACAAAGAUGUCUUUACGUGUGUCUGGUGUAAGAAAUCUUUUCAGAGUCUUGCAGAGAUGACAAUCCAUAUGAAACACAGUCCUCGCUGUGGCAUGGCCGGUAUUCAAGCGCCUGUACCUUUCUCCACCACCCUGUCUUCUCCAGUAACUACGACCCCAACUCUGAAAUGCUCAACAUCAAGUAUAGGUGGAAAUUAUAUGCUAAAGGAACACGUGCCUCUUCCCAGGAAACUUGUGCGUGGGCAGGACAUCUGGCUUGGUAAGGGUGCAGAACAAACAAAAGAAAUUCUGAAGUGUAUGUGGUGUGGACAGUCGUUCAAGACUCUGGCAGACAUGACAACUCACAUGAGAGUCACCCAGCACUACAUAAACAUCAUCAGUCAAGAGCAGCUCAUCUCCUGGAGGACUCCGGAGGACCAGGUGGCUUCUCAACCUCAUCUCAAUGCUGUUCUUACUUGCAAGGUGUGCGACCAAACUUUUGGAAGCCUUAAAGAGUUGAGUUAUCAUAUGGUGAAAAACGCUCACUAUAAAGAACAUAUAUUACGCUCAAUCACAGAAGGAGGAGGGCGUCGUCGACAGAACAAGGAAAGAAGAAAGAAAUCUCUUCCUGUCCGUAAACUUCUGGAACUUGAACGCAUAGAACUAAACAAAUUUAAUCAAGUAAAAUACGAAGAAAAGAGUUCUUCAGCAUCCAAAGUAGAACCCUUGCAAGGAAGAGUGUCUUGUGAAGAAUGUGGGGAAAAGGUAGAUGCCAAAGAAUUCGUAUUUCACAUCAAAAGUUGUGGUCAAAGCUCGAAAACACAGCAUCUACUAAAAAACACCACAACUUUCGCUCAGUCAGUUAAAACUUCAGGACAGCUCGGCAGUCAGCAGCAAGGAACUUCGCUUGAGACAACUAAUGCCGAGGUAUCAAAUGCGGAUGACGUUAUCACCAUAAAAAAAGAACCUACAGAAUCAGUCGUCAAAGAAAGUAAGACAACAGUAGAUUGUGGUGUGUCAAAUGACAACAUCUCUGUAUUAAGUGCACUUGAAAAAUUAAUAGAAAAAAGUUUUAAAAUAAAAGCAAGAAAAUCGGUUUGUUUGACAGGAAUCCUGCAACGAUUAGGGAUUGAUGAGGAGAUCUACCCACCUUGGCAUUCUCCAGAUUACUCCACCAAAACUGGGCAUGUCAAAAGCCAAGGCACUGUGACGUCAUCAACAGAAUUACUUGGAUUACGGAAGGCUCACAGCACCGUUUCUGACCACUUAAUAACUGAAGAAGACUCUUUAACAGGAGACAAUCACUCUGACGAGACUCGUUUGUAUCAGAGUCGACAGAGAUCAGCAUGCUCAGAGUCGUCAGUCACUAACCAAGAAACCAGGUCAUCACCGUCUAAUGAAGAGAAAACCAACAGCCAUGACGUUAUUGACAACAUUGAAUCAAACUCGGAUUGUGCAAGGAAAACACCAGAGGUCAAUCUAUGUCCGAAUCAUUCUACCAGAAGUACGCCAGAGUUUGCAUCUGCCGUUAAUUCACUGAGUCCAGUUUCCAAACGCGACAAAAACUCUCCAGAAUCGCUUUCUAAAACGAAGGACCCCAAACGAGAGCGGAUGACUCAACUUUCAGGCCCUUUUGGUACACCAAACUCCCCUGAUGACAGAUCAGACACUGAUGCACGUAUAACAUCAUCAGCUUUUGCGUGUGACACAUCGAUUCCCACUUCGUGUGGUACACCUCUCUGUAACUCUGAAGGUGCGUCAUUUGGUAAUGUUAGUGAGGCAAUAGCUAUCAAUAUAAAUUCCUCAUCAGCAUCUGGCGUCCCCAGUACAUCGACUUUUGGUAAAGACGAUGUAUUGUUCUCUGUUUCCAAUUCUUUAGUAGCUCCUGAUGCGGAUUGUACACCCACAUCCAGUGCGUGUGGCUCAUCGAUUACGGAAAAUCAAAAUACUGACUUUCUCAGCAGCAAUGUGAAAACAGAAACGGAGAAGAUGAAAGACACACAAUUACCAAGGAAGAAGAAACGAAAGUUUAGAUCAUCUUGCUUGGUAUCGAGUAAUAAAAAGGAAAAAAUACAAGAAACUUCAUCAGGCCAUCCUCUCAAGGAACUCCAGAAGCUUCUGGACAAAACAGAUGCUUCCAUCACUAGGCCUAACAACCAGGUAACUCAAGGAUCUCUUUUAGCGUUUAGUUGGGCGUGUAACGACGCAGCUGCAUCGGAUUCACUGCUGAGGUGUGCCUUUUGUGACACCCACUUUAUCUCCAAGGGUGCUUACAGACACCAUCUAAGUAAAGUACACUUCGUUAAAGAUGGAAACUUGUACGGUCCUUCUUGGAAAUUUUCAUCUGUCUGUGGGGGCUCACCGGAACCUACAACACCAACAAAGGAAUCUCCACCCCCACCACUUGUGGAAGAAAGCCCUCAUUCCAAGUUUUUAAAAUACACUGAAUUAGCCAGACAGUUGUCCAGUAAGUAUGUGUGAGUGAAGAAGUUAGGGAUAAGUGAGCUGGCAAAUGCCCAGAAUGAAGAAAACAGCAUUUUUUCUUUCCAGUUUCAUUCAUUCAGAACACGAAAACUUACAAGUUUAUUUUUCAAAACGUGUAAUUAAUCAGAGGUUUGGAUUGGUUUAGAGUAAGCAGUGUUUUUAAAUCUAGUUUAUAAUCCUGUAAUGACGUGAUUGUGUGCGUGGAGAUGCCGAGUGAAAGACACGUAUCAAUGAUAAGAGGUUAACCACAAAGAUACUUAACAACAAAGAGAGGCUAACCACAAAGAUACUUAACAACAAAGAGAGGCUAACCACAAAGAUACUUAACAACAAAAAGAGGUUAACCACAAAGAUACUUAACAACAAAAAGAGGCUAACCACAAAGAUACUUAACAACAAUAGAAGGAUAUCCACCAAAAUAUUUAACAAAACCCUUCGAGUAGCUCUUAAGGGAAUUAUUUAGCUACUAUACGUGACUAGCUUUAAAGUGAGUUAACUUAAUAGAUUUGAAACAUAAUACCCGAUUUCUUAUAAUACCAAUAAGCAAGGGUAACGAAUAAUUUAUUUUUUACAAAAGCUUGUCUUUUUUAUUUUACAAACUAUUUUUUUUAUUCUUUGAGGACAGUGGAAAAGAAACCUAAAAACUCAUUUCUGUUUGUGUUCUUCUUUUGUUUGAUAUAAAGUUUACUAGAAAUAAGAAGUGAUAAGAUGAUCUUACUUGUUAGAAAACUUCACGGUUUCCUUUCUAGACACUUCUAUUCUGUUUAGGAUUAAUCUAUCGUCAACUAUGAGUUUUCCUAACGAAUAUUAUGAACAAUGUCAUGAUUUGGUAGAAGCACGUGUUUAUUGUUUUGAUCAUCAGGCUGCAUUCAUUGAUAUACAUACUAGAUAUUUUUAUAUCUAGGCUUAAUUAACCAUAUUUAAGGACUUUGUAUACAGAGUGAUUGUAAAGAAACUCUCAUUAGAGGCGCGGGGAGUUUCGACAUACCCCACCCCAGUAAAGUUUGGAUGUAGUACUGGUGAUUCGAAACCACGUUAUACCGUUUGUUUAAAUCACUUCUCUAUCAAAUUCGCGCUACAAAUUGGGUUUCGUUACUUGUGACAGGUAGAGUGCAGAUAGCCCAUUGUGUAGCUUUGUGCUUAACAUCAUCCAAACUUAAAUCCGCGUUGUUUUAUUUCUGUGUUUGGUACUUUGGUUAAGAUUAGUGUACAACAGUGGUUCCUAAAUUGCGAGGAACCGUGUUCAGAUCAGGUCUUGUAACACCUUCGUUCAAGGGAUAGAUGAAAAAUGGCGGAAAAAAACAUUGAACACUUGCGACUGUUUUUUCCUUCUUCUUUGAAAUACCCUGUAUCAUGGUCAGACUUUCCUAAAUAAUACUGGUGCUUCUCAAUACGCUUCUGGUCAAAUUUUGUUCCCCUAGAACAAUAAUCCCCAAUCUUUGAUACGUUUACCCCUAGGAGAAACUUUGAAAAACAUUGAAAAUAAAAUGAACCCCACGCCCUAAAAUUGGAGAAAAGUCUGAGUUACAACUAACCAGCCCUCAGCGUUGGUGUCCUGAUGACUCACUCUUGAAUUAUUUCCAAUGAUUAAUUUGUUUUUAUGAAUAUAUACCACUUUUAAGUUUGUUUGGUUUUUAAACAUAUUAUAUAUACGUUAAUUCAGAGGUCUGAAUGAGGAUACUCGAUACAAAAAAUUGGGAAUCUCUGUCCUCGGUUAAAUAGUUAUAAUCGACUUCUAUUUAUACAUUCAAAAGAGGCUGGUUUUAUCAUUUCAACACCUUUUAGAUCAAACUUAAAUAUGUUAGAAGUUUUUCUUCUUACGUUAUCUGUUUACCUAAUUGUCUACGUUUGUGCAGUAGGUUAAAUUACCUUAUAGUCCUAACCAAGUGCAGUGGGGGGGCAUGGGGGUUAUCCCCCCCCUUUUCUACUGAUCAUGGAGGAAUGUUAACAAAGAAAAAGGGUGGUCGUUACAAAGAAAAUGUUAUCAGUUCAUUUUGCGUGGAUGUUUCCGUUGGAGGCACCACAGCUGUUGCACAUGUCUGUUAAGUUUUUUUAUGUCUCGUUCUCAAGAAUGUUGAGGAGAACUUUAAAGACGGUAUUGAGUUUGAAAAAGUUACGAAGCUAGUCGCUGAAUAGGGAGAUUUACAACCACAAAACGGGAGUUUCGAAACUCAGCUUUCUUCAAACGAAAACUCAGUUAAAUACCAGAUUUGUUUAGAAAACAUCAACGGAAAGAGUAGACCUAAAUUUGUGUUUAUAUAUAUAUAU